AUGAAACUUGCCAUCGUUUUCGCCGCCGUUUUGGCCGUUUUGGCCGUUGCCCCCGCCAACGUACUGUGUGCAUUCGGCGAUGAUGUGGCCGCGAUGGUCGUGCGCGGAUCGUACUCGUACUUCGGCCCAGACGGACAGGUCUACACAGUGAACUACGUCGCCGACGAGAACGGAUUCCAGCCGGAGGCACCUCAUAUACCGCGCUAG